UCAAGGAAUAUUGGCUCAAGCCGUCGCGUUCGGGCCCUCUCGACAGACGUCGAUUCUGCGUUCCAGCAGCAGCGGCGCGCGAUCUGACAAAGCAGUCCCACCUACCCCCAUAUACGAUCAUGGAUUACCCCGCUAGGAUCCAGCGUAUCCAGCACUUCGCUGCCCAGGUGUCCCACCAGAGCGAGGUGACCCUCUUCGUUGACAACGUCGGUCCGGAUUGCACGAAGUCCCAGGUGCUGCAGUGGCUUGACUCCCACGGUUUCCAGGACACUUACGACUACCUCUACGUUCCCAAGUGCUUCAACACGCGGAAGUGCACGGGCCAGAUGUUCAUCAACUUCUUCGUCAUGGAGGUGGUUGAUCCAUUCGUUGAGGCAAUCAAGGGAACAAAGUUCGGGGCCGACCGCACCCUGAGGGUGCAGCUGUCGACGACGCAGGGCCUGGAGGCCAACAUGUCGAGGUGGGCCCGUGCCCGGUCCCGGCGCAUCCGCGACGCGGAGGUCCUGCCCUACGUCCGCUCGCUCGACGUCCUGGGGCUGGCCCACCCCGCGGAGGCGAGGCCGGAGGCGGCUCUCGCGCCGAUGUGCAGCGAGGUCCCCGUGCCGCCCGCGUGGGCCCUCCCGCUCGCAGCGGCCCCGCGGGGCUCCCCGCCGGGCACGUGGCUGGCCGACUCGGCGGCCAGCAGCGCCUCGGGCACGUCCACGGACGCGGGCUCGGGCCCCACCACGGGCGCGGGCGGCCCGGAGUGGGAGUGGGGCGUGCUCCGCUUGUAGACCGGCGGCCCCUUCCGUCGCGGAGGGGCACGUAGCCGCACGCGCGGCCUGUAUUCAGCUUCCUUCCUUCCUUCCUUCCUUCCUUCCUUCCUUCCUUCCUUCCUU